AGACCAGCUGCUCUCGCUCAUGCCCGACCCGGCUUGGUCUAACUUGCUACCCUUGAGACCGUCUCCGGAACCUGGAUCACACCGUCUGUUUUUCCUUGCCGACUCGCACCCCGGCGUGAGGUGCUCGCGCAUGCCCACGAGGCAAAAAGGGAGAUAAACCCUGGACAGCUCGAUAUUGCUUUGCAAGAACCACGGCCACAAACUCGCCCUUUUUAUUUUCUACGCUUGCUCGUUCCGGCAUCAUGGCUACAUUAAUGGACCUCAUGUUUCCCCGCCUAGAUUUUCUCUGGUCUACGAGAUUUUGGGCCAUUUUUCAUACGGUACUCUGGCUUUGGCGCUACGUUCGACUGAUUGUUCACUGCAUCAGCCAUUGGGCUUACAAAUCGAAGGAGCCAAACUGGGAAAACCCGAGGUACACAUCCCAGGAUGUCACGGUGGUCAUCCCUACCAUCCAUAACCGCCCCGAAGAGCUGCGCCCCUCACUCGAGAGCAUCCUGGCCUGUAAGCCGGCGAAAUUGGUUCUCGUGACGACGUGGAACAAGCACGAGGCGCUGAGCCGGGUGGCGGCGACCCUGCGCAUGCCGGAUCCUGCUUCUCCGGUCGAGAUCGAAGUGCUGCAUGUCGAUAAGGCGAACAAGCGCCUACAGGUCUGCAAAGCGCUGGAAGAUGACCACGUCAGGACGUCAAUCACGGUCAUGGCCGAUGACGACGUGGAGUGGCCGUCGACCUUGAUGCCCUGGCUCCUCGCACCGUUCGAGGACGACCGGAUGGGCGGGGUGGGAACUUGCCAACGGGUGAAGCGCGUCGUCGAUGGAGAUAUCAUGACGCGCAUCUUCAACUGGCUGGGGGCGGCCUACAUCGAGCGACGCAAUUUCGAGAUCUCAGCGACGCAUAACAUCGACGGCGGGACGUCGUGCAUGUCCGGGCGCACGGGUGCUUACCGGACCGAGAUCUUAAAAAGCUACAGUUUCUUGGACAACUUCAAGAAUGAAAAGUGGGGAAGGUACAUCCUCAACGCCGACGACGACAACUUUGUGACUCGGUGGCUGGUCGCUCACCAGUGGGAGACUUGGAUCCAGUAUAAUUCUGAGUGUGAGAUCGAGACGACGCUCGAAAACAGCACCAAGUUCCUCUACCAGUGCUCCCGCUGGGCAAGGAGCAACUGGAGAAGCAACUGGACCAGUCUGGUGCGCGAGAGAUACGUGUGGACCCAGCAGCCGUGGUGCACCUACGCGCUACAUCUUACGACCUUCACCUCUCUGGCUUUCGUGGUCGACCCUCUCUUGCUCUUCUCUUGCUGGUGGGGCACGGAGAAUUGGGAGCCUAGGAAUCGACACAUUCUGCUCUGGGCGGAAAUCGCAUUCAUGUUUGGUUUUACCAAGGUAGUGAAGCUGGUUGGUUUAUUUCGAAAGAAUCCGAGAGACAUCGUCUUUCUUCCGGUGUCCAUUGUGUUUGGCUACUUCCACGGCCUGAUCAAGUUGUGGGCACUCUUCACGCUCAAGAAGACAUCCUGGGGCAGCCGAGAGGAUGGUGAUGAGCACAACACUUUCCGCUUGCAGGAGAAGCCUCGUCCCAGUCAGAGCAUGGCGACGCCGCCUUACGGACCAGACUUGCCAAAGGCGAUCAAAUACCCGAGAUUGUCGCAACCCCGCCGCGUGGCUGCGUGCUCAGAAAAGCGGAAGCCUAUUGGUUGCAUGUCUCCGGCGGAAGCUCCCUACCAGCAAACGGCCAAACUUCCAGUGCACUGAGGUAGCACCACCAACCGGCAGCGGCUACUGCUGACUUACUAAAGGGCCGUAGACUGUCUCCAACAGGGAGGCGCGUCUCACCCACCUGGCUCGAUGAAUGAUAACGACUCAUGGCUGAAUGAACACCGGAUUUCGUUUGGGUCUCCCAUUGGCACCACGGAUACAGGGUCGAGGUUGAACAGGACUCGA